AUGCGCAAAGGCAGCCGAUGGUUUUCCAUGGAAAUGGCUGGCAUCGUCUGCCACACUGGAGCUAAAAUCAUUACCGAGGCAAGGAAACUUGUAGAACAGAUUGGAAAGCCACUUGAGUUAGAUACCGACGGAAUAUGGUGCUUACUCCCGGCAUCUUUUCCUGAGAACGUCACCUUUGCUCUUCAGAACUGCAAACGAAAAUCUAUCACUGUGUCGUAUCCUGGUGCUAUGCUGAACGCUGUUGUGAACGCAGGCUUCACAAAUGAUCAGUAUCAUAAUUUGCAACCAGACGGGUCGUACACGAUCACACAAGAGAAUUCUAUUUUCUUCGAGGUGGACGGACCAUACCAGUGCAUGGUUCUCCCUGCUUCAAAAGAGGAAGGGAAGAAACUCAAAAAGAGGUAUGCGGUGUUCAAUUUGGACGGGUCCUUGGCUGAACUGAAGGGUUUCGAAGUGAAAAGGCGUGGUGAACUCAAUAUUAUAAAACACUUCCAAUCAGCUGUCUUCAAGGCCUUUCUUCGUGGAACGACCUUGGCGGAGGUCUACGAGAGCGCCUCACGUGAAGCGGACUACUGGCUUGAUGUUCUCUUUUCAAAAGGAGGGACACUGUCUGACGCCGAGUUGUUUGAUCUUAUCUCUGAAAAUAGAAGUAUGUCAAGAAAACUGGAAGAUUACGGAGAUUCAAUUCUAAAUGUCGUCAUUGUCGCUAUUCAUGCUGUAUUUGGUAGAUUUGAUGCUAUCCGCCAGCCAAGGAUCACAGAUCUUUUCCAAAAGAGUCCGGACGAGUUACCCCCGGUCAUCAAUGAUAACGGAAAGCGAGUCGGGGAUGAGAUGGAGCUAGAGGAGACUAGUGAUAAAGACGAGGGGAACAAAGAAAACGACCCGAAGAAACAGCGUUCAGUACCUGAGAAAACCGCCGAAACUCUUACAAAGAAAACGCUUUCGCGUGACGGCUUUGACGAAUGGCUGCGAUAUCUGAAGAAGAAAUGGCGAUUAGCCAAAGUGAAUAAUCUCACCAGGAGAAAAGAAAGAGGAUCCACAAUGGUGGAACGAAUGUUGACAAAUACUCGAGAAUCUAUGCGAGAUAGGAUAUGGCAGGUCUACCAAGACUUAACAUUUUCCAGGAAACCGACCGGAAACUCUUACCACAAGAAAACGCUUUCGCGUGACGGCUUUGACGAAUGGCUGCGAUAUCUGAAGAAGAAAUGGCGAUUAGCCAAAGUGAAUAAUCUCACCAGGAGAAAAGAAAGAGGUAUUGGAACUAUGGAUAUAACUUCAUUUGCACAGAUACUGUCGAUAGAGGAGACGAUAACACCCGGUAUAUACAAUGUCUGGGUAGCUCUAGAAGGCCGAAUGGACAGAUUCCAGCUGCGAGUUCCUCGAAUUGUGAUCAUAAAUGAAAGGGAGCCCACAGAAGGCAGAGAUGUUGUACGCCGAGUGCUGCCUCAUCACAAAGCAGUACAUUACUUGUACGAACAUAUCAUAAGCGGAAGUACUGAACAGAAGCUUAUGAAUGAAAUCAAUGAAAAACUGUGCUGUUCACGUAUUGAAGGUAUUUAUGAGUCUCAAACUCCGUUGAUGUUCCGUGCAUUAACUCAGAUUGGAUGCCUUUGUCGUCCACUGGCUCCACCGAUUGGUGGAGUGUACUCGCUUGAGUCGCUGAGGAUGAUUCCUUUCUCGUCGGCUCAGUCCUAUCUAUUCAACGACUCUACUCGGACCGUGUUCCUUGUACAAGUUUGCUCAGGAAGGAUCAGAUGGGUUCAGCUGUUCAUAAGACAAGGUAAAAUCAAAGUUACAACCGUCAUUUGCCGCGUUCUGCUGAGGCCGAGAAGCAAUCAACAAGGUGAACGGCUUACAAAGACUUUUUUUCUUCACAGGGAAGCGGCGCCAUACCCGAUGAAAAGGAUAGUGCAUCUUUCGUUGUUCCCUCAUAUUCGAAUUCACGUCCAAGAGCCACCGUCAUUAUUGAACGUCAUGGAAUGGCAGCGUGUGGUAGCAAAACGAGUCUGCAAGCAUUAUUUUAACAGUUUCAUCUACGUGAAGGAUUACGCCGAGUGGGCUCGUUAUCUUCACGUUCCUAUUGGUAGUGUACCAAAUGACGCAGGUCUUUUCGGACUUGAUCUCUUUUUUGCCCGUAACCUUCAAAGAGCAGGACAUGUCCUGUGGGCAUCACCAUCGAGCCGUCCCGAUCUUGGUGGCAAAGAACUGGAUGAUCUCCGUCUGAGUGCAGACUGGAAGCCACUGACCUCAGAUGAAACAGUUUUGUUGAAUGAGCGGUCCUUCUGUGGAAGUGUAUGCAUCGAAUUCGCUCUUGAGGCCGUUGCAGUCACCGCACUUGUACAACGAGGUCGAUUACUUGAAGCAGAGGGUGCUGACGACACUGUAGCAUUUGACUCGUCCGCUGCACUGCCAUCAGAUACUUUCAAUGGGUUGCGGAACACGAUCUCGGACUUUGACGAAGGAGCUGCUGUGGAUGCAGCUUUGAAAGUCUUGAAAUUGAUGUUAACAGAAUGUGUACGAGAUAUUGCUACAAGUGCCAACAAGCGUGCUGAUCAAGUUGUCAUGUCACUCAGCAGGUGGCUCCACUCUCCAAAUGCUCUUCUGUUCGACCCGGCUAUCACAAGAAGUGUUGCAAUUCUGGAGAGAAAACUGGUUCUCCUGCUAGCAGCUGAGUGUGAGCGACUAGGGGCAAAGAUUAUUCACGCAACACCAACGCGACUUGUGCUAGACACUGGAAAACACGAAUUGGAUCAAGGCACAGCGUUCACGGAUCUUUUGCUGCAAUCUCUGAGUCAGAACCCACUUUUUGCUGCCCUCCACAUGCGACCAAUUCACACCUGGAGUACUUUAUUGUGGUAUGACGGCCAUAAUUUUACUGGUAUCUGUGAACAAUCGACAGAGAAUGUCGAUGAGGAAAGGCAGCCAAGCGAACAGUUCAAAACACAGCAUUACUGGCGAAUGUCCGAUGAUCUUACUGACGAAGGCGCUGUUCGAGAAGAGUUCCGCAAAAUUGUGACUGGCUACGUUAUGUUAUUCAUGCAGGAACAGCGAAAGACGAAUUUCGACUCGGAAGCGGCUGUGGAAUUCCGUAAUAAUCUGAUCAAACAGCACAUUGGUCAUCGUUUGUUCCGAGUUAUUUCGAAACUUGUUGGUCGACGUCUGACAUAUCAUGCAGCCGCGUCGCUUGUUAAUGUGAUUUGUAUGGCGUUAUCAUGUGACUCAGCUGUUGAAGACAGCGUAGAAGGGCUUCGCGAAAAUCUCCAUCGAAUUUUGGAUUCUCAAGAAACUCCUCCGACACGCAACACAGUGUAUCUGUCGAAUGUGUUCUGCAGUAACUGCUCUCUGGCCACCAAUAUGGAUGUAGGAGACGAGCUCUCGUGGACGUGCAAAGAGUGUGGACAGGCAUUCACAAAAUCGACUAUCGAUCAAAUGAUUGCCGAUCGCUUGAACAUGCUUAUGACGGCAUAUUUUCUUCAAGAUCAUGUGUGCAGUAAAUGCAGAUCUGUAAGUGCUCCCUAUUCGGUUUGUCUCUUGAACAUUUUGCAGAAAAUUUGUUAG